UUCUUCUUCUUGAUCAUCCAUCUACUUUUCAUCUCUUCUUUCUUUAUCUUUUAUCUCUAUAGUCUUGAGUUCUGGUUUUGAUAAUGGCAGACAUUAUUAUUCACCCUCCCAUGGAUCAACUCCAGGACCUUGAAUACUGCAUAGACUCUAACCCUCCUUGGGCUGAAACCAUCAUAUUAGCAUUUCAAAACUACAUUGUAAUGCUGGGCACAAGCGUAAUGAUCCCUUCUGUACUCGUUCCUGCAAUGGGCGGCACUGAUGGUGACAAAGCUCGGGUAAUACAGACUCUGCUCUUUGUUGCUGGCAUUAACACACUUCUUCAAGCACUUUUCGGUACGAGGUUACCGGCAGUAGUGGGAGGGUCGUAUGCUUAUGUGGUUCCUAUUGCUUAUAUUAUAAGAGACACCUCUUUGCAACGUAUUACAGAUGGUCAUGAAAGAUUUAUUCAAACGAUGCGAGCCAUCCAAGGAGCUUUAAUUGUAGCCUCUAGCAUACAAAUCAUCCUGGGUUAUAGCCAAGUUUGGGGUUUGUUUUCAAGGUUUUUCAGUCCUCUUGGCAUGGCACCUGUGGUUGGAUUGGUUGGUUUAGGAUUGUUUCAAAGAGGAUUUCCUGCUUUGGGUAAUUGUGUGGAAAUUGGGAUCCCAAUGCUGUUGUUAGUUAUUGGAUUGUCACAAUAUCUGAAGCACGUAAGACUAUCAAGAAACUUCCCAAUAUUUGAACGAUUUCCAGUGUUGAUUUGCAUUGCAUUUGUCUGGAUAUAUGCUAUCAUUUUAACUGCCAGUGGAGCUUACCGGGAGAAGCGGUUAAUAACUCAAAAUAGUUGCCGUACAGACAGGGCAAAUCUUAUAUCCACUGCCCCAUGGUUCAAGUUCCCGUACCCUCUGCAGUGGGGCCCACCAACAUUUUCAGCAGGUCACUCAUUUGCCAUGAUGUCUGCAGUUCUUGUGUCUAUGGUCGAGUCAACAGGUGCAUACAAGGCAGCAUCUCGUUUGGCUAUUGCUACUCCACCUCCUGCAUAUGUAUUGAGUAGAGGAAUUGGCUGGCAAGGCAUUGGCAUAUUGCUUGACGGCCUCUUUGGAACAAGCACUGGCUCCACUGUUUCUGUAGAAAAUGUGGGACUCCUUGGACUAACUCGAGUUGGAAGUCGCAGAGUUGUUCAAAUAUCUGCUGGCUUCAUGAUAUUCUUCUCGAUCUUAGGGAAAUUCGGAGCUGUCUUUGCAUCCAUACCCUUCCCAAUAUUUGCAGCGUUGUACUGCGUUCUCUUUGGCCUUGUUGCUUCAGUGGGACUGUCAUUUCUUCAGUUCACAAACAUGAAUUCCAUGAGAAACCUCAUUAUUACUGGACUGUCACUCUUCCUUGGGAUUUCUAUCCCCCAGUUCUUCAAUGAAUAUUGGAAUCCCACACACAACGGCCUCGUCCAUACUCAUGCUGGAUGGUUUAAUGCUUUUUUGAAUGCCAUAUUCUCAUCUCCAGCGACAGUGGGGUUGAUUGUGGCGGUGCUUCUCGACAACACAUUAGAGGUGGAGAGAUCAAAGAAAGACAGAGGAAUGCCAUGGUGGGCAAAGUUCAGAACAUUCAGGGGAGAUAACAGAAAUGAGGAGUUCUACACUCUGCCAUUCAAUCUCAACAGGUUCUUUCCACCUACUUAAGGAGUCAUCAGAGCGACCCGAGCCAGUGAUCCUCUCGUCCAAUUCAAUUAACAUUAUCAAGCGCCAUUUUCUCUUAGAGAUGUACAUCCGAGAUCAUUUGACAAGUGUCUUAGCAGGAUACAUUCUUUUGUGGACCGCAAGGUCCAGGUUGUAGGCAUUUGAUAUCUUGAGAAAGAAUAAGAACGGAAAUUAGUUCUCAGCCUCGCUCAAUCUUUUAGAUGUUGCAGGAAAAUAAAUUGCAACUCUAAUGUGAGCCAAAUUUGUUUCAGGUCCCGUUGGGAAGUUUCCUUUCAAGGCCUGGGCAGCGCCAUUUUCGUCCAAGUCCUUCAUGACAAGAUAAUCAAAUUUCAUGUAGCAUUAUCAUCCCCCGUUUAUUUUCUGCUUCUGCUUUAAAGAUUUGCAGUGUAUUUUUAUCAUACCAUCAAUUGCUAGUGUUCUUUAAAGGCCCUGAAGUCCCAUGAUUUUCAGUUGUUUUCUGAUUCUGCCUACCAUCUCACCAGUCGAGCUUGGUAUCGAGUAGACGACCAAGUUAUGGGUUUUUUUGGUCCAGCAUAUCAAUUCCAUAAUCAUAAGACGGUGCCCUUCGUAGAUGUUUGAUUCCGGUGACAAAAUUACUUAUAUGAUUUCAAAUUUUCAGCAGGGAGGAAUUUAAGUAUUAUGAAGCCUCAGACAGCCAGUAUAGAUUGACAUCAAUGUGAAAUUCAGCCGGUAAUUCCAACAUAAAUAAACAAUCAUCAUCGGCUCCAUAACAUAUUUUUCCCUGCGCCCAAUAAAUCAAUUAUCUUUUAAAAUUAAUGGCAAAAAAUAUAUAAAUUAUGAGGAGUAAAAUAUAGAUAUAAGAAAAAAAAGUGAUAAUAAGUUGGAAAAAUGUAAUCGCCGAAAACGGCUCCAUGGAUCAACAGAAUAGGAUCCACAGAUUCCUAUCAGCAAGCGAAACAUGGAAUUUGUUUCGGUCCAAUCAUAGCAUUGCCGGUCAAAGCCAUUUUGGCUACCAGCAACGUGGCAUCGGACCUUGAUCACUCCGAAAUCAAUAUAGUUUAUUUU